AUGUCGUCCCUUUCAAGCCAGAUCAUUGUCGAUGAUGAGUUGAUGGAGUAUGAAGUGGGGAGGACCAACAGUGUCUUCAAAAGGCAGAAGGUCUGUGCAGAUCCGCCCCCUGCGAAGCCCUUCCAUGUCAUCCAUGACGAUGUCCCACGCCCCCGUUUGCAGAAUCUCUGCCUUCACAGUGCGCCACAAGCUGCAGCUUUGCCUGUGGAGCCAGAGAAAGAGCAAAGCGCAGGGCCUUUCCCGUGGGAGACCGAGAAGUCUCCUAAUCAGCCUGAGUGGGAAAGGGAGACUGAUAUCGAGAACUCCCGCCGUGGCCACCAGUACUUCCACUCGCCUGCAAUCUUUGCUCCCGAGGGUGAGGAGGCUCCAAGUGCGCCUACUCAGAUCAGGCGGAUGCUUCGGUUUGAUCCCAGUGAAUGCGGGCUGACAGAACCCAAACACAUCCCGGAUCCCACUGACCGUGAGGAUUCACAGUUGGAUGGUGAUGAGCUUUUGAAGCGCAUGGGCUACCAUUUCCAUCCGGAAGAAGCUCUUGCCAUGAUUGAGAACAAUGGUGAGGAGGAGGUGGUGCCUGAGGUGGUGCCUGUGGUGGUGCCUGUGGUGGUGCCUGUACCUGAAGAUGUACCCGAAGUCUGGUUUUGCGUGCAACGUUUGCGAGGAAGCUACAUCCUGCGCAAUCGCAUAGUGCAAUCGCUGCCCUUGGAGACGAGCCCACUGUUCUGCGCGGACACGAUUGACGUGGCAUUUCACGACAUUGGUGCUAAAGAUUGCGUGCGCGCGGACGCGCUGUGCAUCCACGCUGGAAUCGUUCCCGUGCCAUGCCAGCCCCAGAGCGGCAUGGAUGGUCUCUCCAUCCAAAGGUUCUGCGUUGACCGCUUGGAAAGUCACAACUUGGAAUUCUUUGCCCUGCUGCCACCCAAGCCGUUGCUCAAACAAGUCUUUCCGCAGAAGAUUCAACACAUAAGAUUUGCCUGUGCCUGGACCUCCAUGCAAAGCCCAUCGAAGUGGUUCUGUGUUCGUUUCGGCCGCUCCCCCGCGAUCCUGCCCGGUGAUGGCUUCCGCUUGGAGUCGCCUGCAAACUUUGUGGAGGAACUGCAACUGCUCAGAGUUGCACGUCUGUCGUUGCCGACAGUCCGCGAGAAAUUCGUCUACUGCUCUGGCAACAUUGUGGGCUUCGGCUUGCCAUGUCCCUGCCAUCACAGCGGCUUCGCUGUUGCUGGAUGGCACUGUCCUGUUGCGCUUGGCCCUCGCCAGCUUGAUAGCUCUCUGGGCUUCUUUCGGAUCCUGUGUUUCAUAGGGGUUUUGCCUUUGGCCUGGUCCCCUGCACUGGGACGGCUGCUGCCAAAUUGCAUCCGCUUGCGCCACCGCUGCUUUGUAGCUGGCCAGAGCCGCGUCCGCAACCUUCGCACCUGUUUUGGCUUCUCCUUGUUUCCCAGUUUGCCGAAAAGAUGUUGUCAGGGCCGUGGGCAGAGUCGAAGGGGUAACUAG